UUACAUUGGAUACCCUCUUCUUUGACCAUUCUCUCUCUCAAGCCUCGACUCUCUAGUAGUCAGUCUCUCUACCUGAAAAACCCGCUAACGUUGCUCUCUCUAUCUGUCUCUGUCCCUUUCUUCUACCUUUUCCAAUACAACUCAAAUAAAUAUAAAAUGUCUCAAGAUUCUCCAACUACUACUACUACUCCGCCACCACCUUCAACCUCCGGUGAAGAAGUAGAGCCAAAGCUUGUAACUCUGGAAUCAGAGGAGGCACCGGAGCUAAUUCAACCGCCGUUGGCGACUCCAGAGCCAAAUCCUCAGCUACCUUUAAUGCCGGAGCUAGAGCAGCCUAACCACGUGACGGAGGAGGAUUUAGAGCAGACACAUGAAGUGACUUCGGAGCUAGAGGGUCUCAACCACGCGGCGGAGGAUUCAGAGCAAACACAAGUAAUGACCCCGGAGACAGUGACUUUGGAGCCUAAGGUUCAUGCGGCGGAGGAUUCAGAGCAGACACAACAAAUGACGCCGGAGACAGUGACUUUUGAGCCAGACCCGUCGGACGAUGAGUUAGAGAAGACGGAGACAGAGCCAUCACAGAAACUGAUGUUAGAGCAGAGGAGAAAGUACAUGGAGGUAGAAGAUUGGACUGAGCCGGAACUACCGGACGCGGCGGUGUUAGAAGCUGCAGCAUCCAUCUCUGAGCCGAAGCAAACGGAGCCUCAGGCGGUGUUAGAAGCUGCAGCAUCCAUACCUGAGCCAAAGCAACCGGAUCCUCAGGCGGCGGCACCACCUACUACUACUGCUUCUUCCGGUGAAUCUAGAUCGCUGGCUGAUAUGAUGAACAGAGAAGAAGCUGAAGCAGAAGAGAAACCAAAGAUUCAGAUUCCUCGUAGUCUUGGCUCAUUCAAAGAAGAGACAAACAACAUCUCCGACCUUUCAGAACACGAGUUAAACUCACUUCACGAGCUCCGUCACCUUCUUCAAGAAUCACAAGAUUCAGGCAAAAGCUCUAUAUGGGGUGUGCCGCUACUCAAAGACGACCGAAGCGACGUCGUUUUGUUCAAGUUCCUAAGAGCAAGAGACUUCAAACCUCAAGAAGCUUACUCAAUGCUCAAGAAGACACUCCAAUGGAGAAUCGAAUUCAACAUCGAAGAGCUUGUCGAUGAAAACCUCGGAGACGAUUUAGACAAGGUUGUGUUCAUGCAAGGACAAGACAGAGGGAAUCAUCCUGUCUGUUACAAUGUCUACGGUGAGUUUCAGAACAAAGAUCUUUAUCAGAAGACGUUCUCGGAUGAAGAGAAGAGAGAACGGUUCUUGAGAUGGAGGAUCCAGUUUCUUGAAAAGAGUAUAAGGAAUCUUGAUUUUGUAGCUGGUGGUGUUUCAACGAUCUGUCAAGUGAACGAUCUUAAGAAUUCUCCAGGACCUGGUAAGACUGAGCUUAGGUUAGCUACUAAGCAAGCUCUUCAUCUUCUUCAAGACAAUUACCCUGAGUUUGUCUCUAAACAGAUAUUCAUCAAUGUCCCAUGGUGGUAUCUUGCGUUCUAUAGGAUUAUUAGUCCUUUCUUGACACAAAGGUCAAAGAGCAAACUUGUUUUCGCAGGUCCUUCAAGAUCUGCAGAGACACUUUUCAAGUACAUUUCACCAGAACAUGUCCCUGUUCAGUAUGGUGGACUAAGUGUGGAUAACUGCGACUGUAACUCGGAUUUUACACAUGAUGAUGUCGCUACUGAGAUUGCUAUUAAACCAGCUACUAAACAAACCGUCGAGAUUAUUGUUUAUGAGAAAUGCACGAUCGUGUGGGAGAUAAGAGUAGUUGGAUGGGAGGUUUCGUAUGCAGCAGAGUUUGUUCCAGAGAACAAAGAAGGGUAUACAGUGAUCAUUCAGAAACCAAGAAAGAUGGCUACGAAAAAUGAACCGGUGGUAUCUCAGAGCUUCAAAGUUGGGGAAGUUGGUAGGAUUUUGCUCACGGUCGAUAACCCGACUUCAACCAAGAAAAUGCUUAUCUACAGGUUUAAGGUUAAGCCUUUGCCAUGUGAGUAAGUAAAUCGCAUCUUACUUCAUGUGUUGCUUAGUUUAGAAUUAUUAUGAUCAUAUGAUUGUUAGUUGUAUUUUUUUCUUUUUCUUUUAUGUAUGGUGACUUAUAUGCUUGUGUGGUUCUGUUUUGCGCUAAUUCUUUUGUUUUUAUAUUGUAUUUUCUCUCAUAUCCAAAUUUCUCCCAAGGACGAUGAUGUUUGUGUGUUGAAUUGCUUUUAAAGGGAAACCAAGCCUUAGGCUUCUAGUAGUA